AUGAAGAGAAGAAAAACAAACAAGCGAUCUAUCCCGAAGGGAUUUAUUUCUUUGUUUAAGAUUCAGAGAAAGCGCAAUGUUUUGCGCCUUGAUACGAGUUUAGCAGAGCGAAGUGGGAAUUAUGAAUUCAGAAGUAUGCCCCUACCAAAACUUCCGGAACCCAGUGAGGAAUUGAAAAAAGUACUACUAAGAUAUAAUAUAGUAAAAGAGUUGGCCCCACUCCAGGAACAGAAGAGAAAAAAGCUACGACCUAAAUUAAAAUUGAAACCUAUUAACUCGUUCAUGGCAUUUAGAUCUUUCUACACAAAAUCAAUAUCAAACCCGGAAUACCAAAGAGAACUUUCAUGCCUACUAGCACAAAUUUGGAUAGAUGAACCAAAUAAAGCUAUUUGGAAUCAAUAUACUGAAUCAUAUAACCAGUAUAUAUUGAGCCUGGGUGCGAAGUAUAAUUUCGUCAAUUGGUUGUGCAAAAUGUUAGAUAUAGAAGCAGAGAACAAUAACACCGAUCUUAGUAACAGAGCAAAUGAAACAAUCCUUUCAGGGACUGUUGAGGAUAUAUAUAUGUUUAAUUAAAAUAUACAAUCUCUAGAUAAAAUAAAUUCUAGAUAGGAUUUCAGUGGGCUUUAUCCACAGAAACAGGCGGAGGAGACAUUGUGCUGCGUGGUCUUUUUUGACUAUCACUAUCUACAUUCUUCUUUCUUUUCUUUCCUGAUUUUAUAGGUCUAGCCUCACCUUCGAUAUAGACGUCGCUUGGAAGGUCAAAUAGUUUAACAUUCUUAAUCUGAAUAAAAUUUAUUUGUUCAUUAUAGGUGGGUGCAUUCUUGCAUACACCAUAAAAUUCCGAGCAAGGAUUCUGUAUAUCUAAUUUCUUAACACCUUCGGUUGGCUUUGACAAUUUUAGUUCCAACCCAACGAAAAGCUUGGUCAAAUGUAUCUGUUUUGCCUCAUUAUCACCCAGCUCUGGCUUCUGGAGAGUGCUAAGAAAAGAUUCACCCAGCAACGUUCCAUACGAAUUAAUCACAUCCAUAUGGUUAUUUUCUCCAAGAAUAUAUGAAUCGCUAAAAUCCUUAACAUACGGAUGGGCUAAUUCUAUGCCAUCAGUAACUUCUAAUUUUAGCACAAGAUGUCUUAAUUUACUUUCCACUAAUCCACUCCAUUUUAAAUGCUCUUCGUCAGAAGACGUCGUGGCAGCAACUAUGCAAAGGUAAAAUUUAUAUUUGUGAAAAAAAUCAUGUCUCUCCAAUAAAGCUGACCAUGAACUCUUGCCCAAAUUAAUUUGGUUCAUCACCUCCGCUCCUCUUGCUAACUCCGACAUAAUCACUUUCUGGGUGGAACUAGUAAUAUUAUGAGUAGCACACAUCGAAGGAUAAGCAGGUGUAAUAACUGGCAUUCUAUGAAGACGAUCGUGAGGAUACAACCUGGGGUUCCAUACCCUUACUUGAAGUGGACCAUCUUCUAUCGGUUUUAACAAUACUGGUUGUGGCCAAUUCCAUUUCGUAUAAAUAUUGAAGAAUUUUUCGACAAUAACCGCACUAACAGCGUUGGGAUAUAAUUGACAAAUUCGUGCAACUAACAUAGCCCAGGCAACACCCCCAGGAAAACCAAAUACAUUACCAUAUACAGCUCUCUGUUGAGCCCAGAGCUUAAUACAACGUAAUGCAUGUUUGAAUACAGUUGGUUUUGGAACUAAUUGCAAAAUUUCAUCAGUUACCCGAGUUCCAUUUAAUGAUCGAAGGUCUCGUUCAUCAAUAUUUUUCAAAAGAUUUUUAUCAUCCAAUGUCAUGUCCAAAGGUACGCGGGGUACGUUAAGUCUAGCAAGAAUUAAAUCAAUAGAGAUCCCGUCAAAUUCAAUUUUGAUAAUUGGAACAAAUGCAUCUGGAACUGAAGCGAUCUCCUGUAGUUCUGGCCUUUUUCGAAUUAUUUGUUCAAAGACGGUGAAGAAAUCUUCUCUUGUAACAUGUUUUGGAACUACUACUAAAGUAUCAAUAUCUGAUCCCGGACCAUAAACACCUAGUCUGUAAGAUCCGAAUGUGAAAACUUUUCCUCCUGCAUCCUUAGCCAUUCCGUCACUCAUAUUCUUACUUUUUGAAACUGUGUAAACAAAUUCUUGAACCAUUUUCUGAAAUAAUGCAAGAACCUCUGCUCGUUUUUUGGUAGCCAGUUCAUUUUCAAAUGACCCACGGUUCUUUAGCUCUUGAAUAAGUGAGUCAUUAAGACUGUUUUCUCUUGGAGUGGGGUUUGCAGUUGAUAUUGGGUCCGUAACCCCGUAGGCUUUACCAUUCAUAUGUGUUGCUGUGCCUGU